AUGAAUGUUCCUCUGGAGCACGGGAAUAUUCUGAAGCACAAAAACGACCUGAUCAGGUCCAGUCUGGCGAGCGUAGAGCGUAUCCAUAUUUACGAGUUCGACAAUGCUCUAUUUCGCACGCCACUGCCUAAUGCGCACUUGUUUAAUGCUGAGUCCAUAGAUCUCAUGACUAAAAAUCCAGACCCUCUUUCCAAGUUCAACUGGUUUUCCAGCGUGCGUGUAUUGAAGGAGGUGGGGAAAACGCGGGUGGACGAAAUGUCACUCAACACAGAAGGACUCUGGAAUGAUAUACUUAGACAACUGAUAGCAGAGUCGAACGCAGACAAAAACACACUCACAGUACUUUCGGUUACACGCAUUCCCGAGCUGUUCACGAGUAUGAUUUUGCGGCUCUUGAAGACGGCUCAGCUUGACGAUUGUUUUGAUUGUAUUUUGAUGAAUGAAGACCCCAAUUAUCUCGAUCUCAUUGUUUCUGCUACCACGCCUUUAUGCCACGAGCUAAAGGAGAUUACAUGUUAUGCGGCCAGCAAACAGCUACAGGUGGACGGCAUUGGUUGCUUGAACAUUUCUGUGCCGUUUGAGUCUUCCUACCUGCUGCCGCAGCUCGAGGUAGCCAUUGUCCAGGAAAUGCUGCUGGGAGAGCCUUUCGAGCUACGUCGCAGUAUUUUUUCCUCCUACUACAUGCUCAGUCCAGCUUCACGCCAAGAGCUCCUGCGGAGGACUGUUACGGAAGACUUCAUACCCCUAGAGGACCGGCCAGGGUUGUUUUUUGAGGGCGAAGGAGUGCUUAUUGGAAAGAACCAGCUUUCUCAAAGUAAGUUGGACGAACUUGGGGGUAUAUCGAAGCAAGUCAUCAUUGGCGCUGUUAGUCUGGGCAGCGUCAAGGGCCGAAUUUAUGCCAUGAGGGUGAUCAUUAACGACGAGAACGCACAGACGUAUUUGCAGCCACCAGUCAUUGUGAUUGCGCGAAAACCAGACGCGCUGCUUAAAGAGAUAGAGGACAUUGAAAACUGGCAGACAACGCGCGAGCUGUUCAGUUUGGAGGCGCGAAUCGAGUACAAGCAAAUAUUCAAGAUCCAGAGCGAGAAAAAAUAG